AUUUGUUGGUGAAGCAACUGCUUUUUCAUGUCAAGUUGGUGCAUGUAGUAUAGCUUGUAAUAACCGAUAUCCAUAUAUAUGUGUAAAUAAUCAGUAUGGUCAAACUCAAGGUGUUUGCCUAGGAGUAUCUACUCCAACACCGACUUUACCAGGUGGAUCGACACGAUGUGGAUGUUCUUGUAAUACAUUAAGUGGAUUUCAUUCUUAUGAAAUGGUUACUGCAAAUGGUUGUUCAUCAUGUCUUGCUGCUUGUCAAUCUAUUCAACUUCAAUGUUAUAAUCAUCAAAAUACUUUUUGUAUUUAA